GGAGGCUUCAAGAUGGCGGAAGCCCUGACUGCCCAGGAGGAGCUGGCCGUGGAGGAGUUCCUGAAUAAAGUACGUAGUAGGGAGCAGCCCCACAGUGCUGGCCUGGUCUCUGAGCCCACAGCUGUUAAGUUCCUCAUGGCCCGUAAGUUUGACGUCUCCAGAGCCAUCGACCUUUUCCAGGCAUACAAGAACACAAGAAUCAAAGAGGGCAUCUUUAACAUCAAUCCUGAUGAGGAGCCCCUACGCUCUGAGCUGUUGUGUGGCAAAUUCACAGUCUUGCCUGGCCGUGAUGCAAAAGGUGCGGCUCUAGCUCUGUUUACUGCACGUCUCCAUCGGCCAGACAUCACUACUCACAAAGCAGUGCUGCAGGCUAUCAUUUAUCAGCUGGAUAAAGCCAUAGAGAGUCUUCAAACUCAAAGAGACGGACUUAUAUUCAUUUAUGACAUGACCAACUCCAGCUACGGAAACUUUGACUAUGAGCUGUGUGUCAAGAUUCUCAACUUGCUCAAGGGGGCGUUCCCGGCUCGCCUAAAAUGUGUUUUCAUUGUCUCAUCGCCUCUUUGGUUCCGAGCUCCUUUCGCCGUCCUUCGCCUUUUUGUGCAUGAGAAGCUGAGAGAGAGGGUGUGCACAGUAAAAGCCCUGGAGUUGGCCAAUCACAUCCCAGUUUCUUCCCUCCCUGAGCACCUGGGUGGGACAUCCCAGUAUAGCCAUGUUGCCUGGAUUCAGUCCUGUGUGAACAUAGACACAAACCCCACUCCCGGUGAAACAAAUGACUGUGUGGGAAGCCUACUUCGCUCCUAUAGCUUGGAGUGCAGCAACACUAGCGCAGGCGCUACCUUAUCCCACACCCAUAUAAAUACACCAUUAGCUUCUGAGCUAGCCAUGGCUAACUCAAACUGCUAUGAUGAUAGCAAUGCUAACCCACACAACCACUGCAGUGGAGUGGAGGGCAGGACUCAAGACCAUGGUCUAUACCAGCAGAAGCCACAUUCUGCUUCUAACAAGCUACAGGGGAACCACCAACACUGGAAUGGCUCAGCAGUGAGCGGGGCUAACACGACCUUUAGUGGCAGUUGCUCCAAUGCUAAUUUGAAUGGUCGCAGCCACCAGCCUCCUCCCCAGUCAGACACACCUCCUGACACCCCCCGGCAUCAGGAUGGGGAGAAACUAGUUGACAAGGCAACAGACUCUGCCCACAUAUCUCAAAAUAAGGAUGCAGAGGAGGAAAAUGAAGAGGGUGAAGAAGAGGAAGGGGUACCCCCAUUGCCCCAAAAGUCAUUGCCACGGACCGCUCAUCAGCCAUCCUCUCAGUGCCAGCCCCUGUCAUCAUCAUGGGGUCCCGAGGAAGAGGACCCCUGUGUGGAGGUGUCUGUUCACAUGCCUGAACAAGGAGGAAUGACAGUGCUGGAGCUUGUGGAGCAUGUGAAGAGGAAGAAGAAAAAGGGUAUUUACCAGGAGUAUGAAGAGAUCCGCAAGGAGCCACCAGCAGGCACCUUUGACUACUCCAAGAAGCUGUCCAAUCAAAUAAAGAACAGGUACAGUGAUGUUCUCUGCCUGGACCAGUCACGAGUACGACUUUGCCAGCUCUGCGAUGACGAGGACGAGACAUCAGACUAUAUUAACGCCAGUUUCAUGGACGGGUACAAGCGGAGUAAUGCCUACAUUGCUACUCAGGGUCCUUUACCAAAAACCUUUGGCGAUUUCUGGCGCAUGGUAUGGGAGCAGAUGGUACUCAUCAUCGUCAUGACCACCAGAGUGGUAGAGCGUGGCCGUGUGAAAUGUGGUCAGUACUGGCCACCGGAUGAUGGAAGGACCGAACAGCAUGGAUCCUUCCUGGUCAGGAACGUGCACAUAAAGGUGUUUCAGGACUUCAGACUCUCCCACCUUGAGCUAUACAACACACAGACCGGGGAGAGGCGGGAGGUGUCACACUACCUGUAUGUCAGCUGGCCGGACUUUGGUGUACCCAAAUGUGCAUCAGCCAUGUUGGAUUUCCGCGAACAUGUCUUGCAGAGGCAAGAGGCGGCGGUCCAGAGCCUGGGUUCCAGUUGGACAGGACCUCCCGGAGGACCUCCGGUGGUGGUACAUUGCAGUGCUGGCAUUGGCCGCACAGGUACGUUCUGUACACUGGACAUUUGCCUGUCCCGGCUGGAGGACAUCGGCACAGUGGACGUACGUCAGACAGUGCGGCGGAUGCGUACCCAGCGAGCUUUCAGCAUCCAGACCUGGGAUCAGUACUACUUCUGCUACACAGCAGUUAUUGAGUAUGCCCAGCGCCACGGCAAACUCAGUCCAGUGCAGUGGUCUGACUCAGACCUGGAAACCGACAGCGAGUGACAGAGGGGUGGAGGGGACGGAGAAAUUGCUGGAAUAGCUGACCGAAAUAGGAGCUGUGAGAGCAGAAACUUGGAUACCGAUGUGCACAGCUGAGGAGAGAGACUCAAGUCUCCUGAAGAAUGAAUUAAUAUAAGGAUUUGGUUUUGGCUCUUGAUAUAAUAAAGUGGACUCCCUUAGUGGCUCUUCCUUUGCACCAGUUGGUGGGCUUACAGAGAGAGAGAGAGGUGUCAAGCUGGAAAAAAUAAUCACAGGGAGAGAAAUUAUGCAUUGCAUCACUGACAGAACCAGUGACAUGUCCUGCCAAGCCGCCCUGAACCUGUCUUGUUGCCAAGAGCAUUGUACAAGUUGUAGCAUUUUUAUAUUGACUUGCACACGAGGAAUGACAAACUUGAACUUUGCCUACACAGAACCCCUGUAACCCCAAUCUAUGUUCCUCCCUUUUUCUACCUUUUGUUCCUCAUCACUACCCUGAACAAAAUGCUGUGAUCGGUCAAGUAAACACAGAUGAGAUUUUAGGGGUGUGAAAAGGUAAAACUUGAAUUUUUGUUUAAUUUGGGAGGAAAUGGUCAUACCUGAACAAGUAGUCGUGGCUGACAUUAGUUCGGCACAUGAGCCAUUUACUCCAUCUUCUCUUAUUUUCUGUGUACUUGUGCUUUUUUUUUUUUUUCCUAUGGUGAGAUUUUCAAUGUGUUUUUCAUAUUUGUGCAUAUGUAGACUAACCUUUUUAAAGCCAAAGUCCUCACCCCGAAUGCUUGGAUGUACUCCUUACUAAGAUAUUAUAGACGAAAGCCUGUGUAUAUUCUUGUAACAUACAUCUAUAUAUUGUGCAUAACAGCCUCGAAAAAAAACAAAAAAGCCUUGUUCAAUAUUUGACUUAAUAUUCAGAGGAGGUAUCUCUAUGGUGGGCCAGAUCAUGAAAAAAAUAGACAAGAGUUUGUAACAAUUAAGAAGAAGAAGAAGAAGUAAACGUGUUGCUGUUCAGGUCUAACAUUUAUCCUAACCGUUCGAGUGUUCUGAUUGGACAGUUUAAAUUGGCCUUAUCUUCCAAGGGGCUAUGUGUAACUUCUGCUUGUUAAGAGAUACGAAUAACAACAAAUCGAAAACGCGUAAGACCCAAUAAAUGCAAAUAGAGUAACUUAGCAGAUAUCCAGUAUGUCCGCCGGUAUCUGCCAUCUUCACACAUCUUGGGGGAACGGCAGUUUGCUGUGGACGGGGCGCCGGGCAAAUCCACGGGGAGCGGGGCCGUUAAACCGCAAGAUCAGUCAGCUCCCGGUGUGUGUGUGUCUGUCUGUCUGUCUGUCUGUCUGUCUGUCUGUCUGUCUGUCUCUCUCGUGUACUCUGUUCCAAUGAGUCACGAUCACUCAGCAACCACUGUUGAUGUUUCUUAGUCAAUGUUAAGCUUCAGGAAUGCCCAAAUAUUACACAUAGCCCCUUUUCACUUGACUCACUGCCUUGUCGUUCUUAGACGUAAACCCUCACCUAAAACGUGUUUCCACUCUUGCUUUUUUUUUUUCUUUUUUUUUUACUUUUUCAGUUUUGCUCCCUUAACACCACCACUGUUUGUGUGUUUUUUUUGUUUUUUUUUUGUUUCCUCUAUUCUUGAGACAUACGCUGCCUCAGAUGUUUGUGCCUUCAGGUUUCCCUCAGCAUGAUGUCUCGCAGUCUGGAUAACACGGCAAAUUUGACCCAAAGUAGUGCACUUGCAUACGAAGACCUGCGUCCUUCUCGGGAAGACGCAUAUAUCGCCUAGAGGCGCGUAUGGGGGUGCACUACUUUUGAGCGCACUUAAAAGUAGUGAGCUAUCCGGAGACAAAAAGGUGUGGUUUGAAAAAUGGCAAUUCUUUUUAUCAUUUGACCUCAGGGGGUAAUUCUACUAGUGUUUUUUGCCUAGUGUCAAAGAUCCGUUUUCUGGGUUUGCCUCUGGUGAUUUAUCAUUUAGAAAAAAAACUAUAUCAUUGUUAUUUUGUAUUUUAUACAGUAUACUUUAUUGUAUAUCCUAUUAUAUUUAUGUCUUUGUAAAAGUUAAAGUAUUAAGAAUCAAUGAAUGUUGGUACGACGCUCAGAAGAAAACAUAACCGUUCUUUAAUUUGAUAAGCUAAACAAAUCAGACGGGGGAGCGAAAAUAUAUUUUCUGUUUACGAUGAAAUUUGUUGGAAAAAAAUGUUGCUUGCCAUAGUAUUUUCAGAACUGACUUGUACAAAAAAAAAGAAAAGACAAAAAAAGUGACUGUUGGAUCCAGGACAACACAAAAAAAAAAAAAAAGGUAUUAUGUUUUUGAGAGCCUGUUACAAAAACCUUGCGUAACAAUAACUUGUCUUGCUGUCUUGAAUCCAAUGCCAAGGACAAAGCAAAAACUCGAAAGAAGGAGAAAAAAAAAAAAAGGACAAAAAGAGACUUGUUGCUGCCGUCUGUGGUCACAAAAACCCCAGCUCGGUGUCCAGGAGGGGAAGAAGGGGGUUGGGGUUUGGGGAGUGAGCCGUCCUGAAAGUGAUGGCGUUCGAAUGGCGAGACAGAGAGAGAGAGAGCCUUGAAUGUUUACAGGGUGAAUGUGUCCGGGCGAGCUGGUCGAGACAGACGUGGAUGAUGGCAGCUGUGGACCCUGCGAAACCCUCUAUGCCAAAGGCCCCGGCUCACCUCUAACGACCGCUCUGUGUCACCACACACAUCCUCAACAGCCUACUAGCAUGGACCUACCGAUGCAGCCUUUGCCAUCACAGCGACGGACGGACUUCUCCGGCACCAGGGGGAAUGUUGUCAAAAGAUUGUGUAUAGCUUUAGUACUGGAGACAAAUGGCGUAUGUAUGUGAAAGACUCUCGGUCCCCCCCCCCCCCCCCACCGUGCUACCUUUUUUUUGUUUUAAGUUGUUUCACGAACAGCUGAGAAUGCUCCGUGUGUUUCGUCUCUGGUGUUUCUUUUUCGUGCCGUUAAGUUCUCGUGAUUGAAUAAUGGCCUUUUACAUGCUGUCAGCUUGGCUGUCCCAUUAAAGCAUUGGUAUUACUAUCUUGAACGAAUG